CAGCACCCCCGCUCUAAGGGAAGAGGCACUGGGUGGGUGCCAAUGUUACCCGGGCGGGGAAUCUGAGACAGGGAUCGAUCCCGAAUCCCCCCCGCGGGAACUGGGCUGGAGGCGGCAACGGCGCUCUCUGCGUGCGGUAGGCCGCGCUGUCGCCGUGGCAACCGCUGUGCAGGGGGAGCACAACUAAACCGGGCGGGGACCUGCGGUGACAUGGCUUGACAGAGCCAGCGGCGCAGGACACGGGCUGCCAGAGCCACCAGGGAGCCAGCGGCUGUGAGACACCCGGGGAGCAGAGGGGACUACGGGCUGCGAGACCCACCGAGGCCACCAGCGGGGGACACAGUUUGCCACAGCCACCGGGCCACCAGCGGGGGACAAGGCUUCAAGGUUUGCCAGAGCCACCGGGUCACCAGCGGGACCAUGGCAACCAUUGACGAGCGCACCUUCAUCGCCAUCAAGCCCGAUGGGGUCCAGAGGGGGCUGGUGGGGGAGAUCAUCAAACGCUUCGAGAAGAAAGGAUUCAAACUGGUAGCCAUGAAAUUAAUACAUGCCUCUGAGGACCUUCUGAGGGAACAUUACAUCGACCUCAAGGACAGGCCAUUCUAUGAUGGCCUGGUGCAGUACAUGCACUCAGGACCUGUCGUAGCCAUGGUGUGGGAAGGUCUUAAUGUGAUUAAGACUGGAAGAAUGAUGCUGGGGGAGACCAAUCCAUUCGAUUCCAAGCCUGGCACUAUUCGUGGGGACUUCUGCAUCCAAGUUGGAAGGAACAUCAUUCAUGGUAGUGAUUCCACGGAAAGUGCUGAGACAGAGAUCAAUUUAUGGUUCACUCCUGAAGAACUGGUUGAUUACAGAAGCUGUGCUCAUGAGUGGAUCUAUGAUUAACACCCAGCCUGGAUCUUCUGAUAUCCCCAUGUCCAUGAGCUGUUACAUGUGGUUGUGGGUUGGAGACAGAAAUUAUGACUCGAGUCCUUCUGAUCAUAAGAAAAACAGCCUGUUUUAUUGUUCAGAACCUUCUUAUAUAGAGUUCAAAACUCCCAGAUCUAGACAGCUGAUUGGUCUGGGUCUUAACACCACCCAGCUCCCUGGCCAAGGAUACAUCUGCAUGUAGGUUUCAAAGGCAUAGGUUGAGAUCUCUGAGUUCAAAUCCCUUCUAUCAUUGCUCACCCAGGGACUUGUUUUAUUUCUAGGAUGGUCGAGUUUGGGGGGCAGCUUCAGACAGCUGCACGGUGACAAUGCACUCUGAGAAUGAGUAUCCUUUUGGUUAUAUUAAAAAAUGUAAAAGUGUUCUUUGUUAUCUUCUACAGGCGCCUUGCAGUUAGGAUGACAAAGACAACAUGAUGACACAGAUAAUAAAUCUAGUUUGAAUAAAACUUUCUACUCAACUCGACAAGUCUAGUUCCCUUAGCUAGUGAUAUAUCUCAUGUAUCAUUGGAGUUGUGACAUUCACAUUUGGGAGGUAUUAAAGGGAAUUACUAGAAAUACAAGUUUUUUAAGAGGCAUGUUGCAGGCUCAUACUUGGAAGUUGCAAUUUUUUCAACUUAACACUAUAAAUAAUAACAAUUCAACUUAAAACAAUUUCAAUUAAAAAACCCACAUCCUUUUGCCACUGAUGUCUCUGAAAUGUUUGAGUCUUGGAGUCUGAGUAAGAGCGGUGGGCAGAUUGCCUUACCAUUGACAAUCUUCUGCUUCUAGCAAGCUGUUGGCUUGCUAGGUUAUGUUGUGAAUUGAUUGAAAAACAUGAGAAAAACAUGAGAAAAACAUGAGAACAUGAGGGCAUCAAGACUUUUGAGGGGGUACACAUCCACCCUACACUUUCUCCCCUUUUAUAACUGCCUAUAUGCCCUUACCAUCACCCAGGGUCUGCUAUCAUGACCAAUCUCCCUUUUCAAAAUCAGUACUUGAAAAGCCUCUUCCAGAUGAGGCCUUCAUGUUGUGUUAUGGGGAAAGAGCUUCAGCUUCUGAAAAGCCAAAUCAGGUAGUCAAAGUAACUUGCUUUCAUUUUUAGCACAGAAACACCUGGGCUUGAUGGCAUACCUCUCCCACCAGUGAAGGGCACAGCUUGGCCAGAGCUGAGACCUAGAUUGGGCGGACUUCCCUAUCAUAUCCUUAAAAGAAGUCUUUCAGUAAUGACUCAUGGAACAGCUGGCUUUGUUAUCUAUUCUUAACUCAACAAACCCAUUAUAUAUAAACAACUUCCAACUAAACUACAACUAUGCACACACUGUAACUUCUUUUGAAGCACCAUUUACUUCUUUGUCACAAACAAACUAAUUCGAACAUACCAAGGAAACAUCUCUCUGUCUCAGCUAGGUAAAAUAUUUACAGUUUUAGAUGACCGAGAACAAACCCUAAUUUGGAUUCUGAAAUCCCCUAACUGAAAUAGUAGGAUUUUUGGAAGAGGAAAGUAAAUACCUUUGUUCAAAAUGACCCUAUAAUAUUGGCUUUUGCAUUUGUGUAUUAGUCUUUAUAUGUGGUUAUUGAUUUUAAGUGUAGCAUAAUUUAUAAUCCCUUUUAGCUGCUUGCUAAUAUAACCUAAUUUCUCAUUUUAAGUAUGCACCAUAUAGCUCAUGGAAAUAGUAGUGUGCUUACUAUAUUAUGUUGAUGUAUACACCUUAUAGCUUAUAGAACUAAUAAUGUGAUGAAUGUAUUGUACUGUAGGCCUUAGCAAAAUAUAAAAUGUUAAAAUACUUCUAUGUAACUGAGAGAACUGUAUAAAGCGAUUAAAUUGUUUCCCACAUCUGCUGACUGACCUCUCCAACUGAUAAGAGUGGCAUAAACCAGAACACCAAGGAGAAUUACAGAAGAAUUUUGUUAACUACUCGUUAUCAGGGAAGUCUGAAACAACAGGAUGAAGCCACAAGAAGGAAUAAAAUAUAUUGACCUGAUCUGCAGGAUGUCAUGUAGAUAAGUCAGAGUGGAAAACCCAAAGAAAGAAAAAUUUCUACAACAUCAAAAGCUACCAAGAAUAUUUGAAUAAUGCACGAAACUUAUGAAUAUGUAUGUACCUUAGUAAAGCAUAUACAGUAUAUAGAUAACACUGUCUUAAUGUAUCGGUGUGUUCAUAUGCUGAUAGUCAGGAACACCCCAGCACUGGACAUUGUCCUUUUUUGCUUCCUUAUUAAACUUUUGAAAAAUA